CUCCCUUCUUUUCCGGAGUCCGUUUCAAACUCCUACCAAAAGAAAAUCAGAACUUUCCUUUUCUCCUCCGCAGACGUUUCUUCUUCCUUUGAUUUCAAUCUCCUCCUCGCUCCUCUCUCUCUCAGCAACUCCAGAGUAGUAACAAUGGCUACCACAUCAAGAUGGAUUCGGCCCGAGGUUUUCCCUCUGUUUGCUACCAUCGGCGUGGCGGUAGGGAUCUGCGGGAUGCAGCUCGUCAGGAACAUAACCGGAAAUCCUGAAGUCAGGGUGACGAAGGAGAACAGGGCGGCUGGGAUUCUCGACAACCACGAAGAAGGCGAGAAGUACAAAGAACAUGCGUUGAGGAAGUUCGUUCGCACUAAGCGCCCAGAAGUCAUGCCGGGCAUCAAUGGCUUCUUCUCUGAUCCUCGCUGAAAACCUCCCCAAACCAGUUAGGGUUUCUUUCUUUUUUUCCAGUGCACAUUGGUGAUUCGGUAGUGGUUGGAUGAAUAAGGUAUUGUUCCGAUUGUUUUGCAGCUUUGAUUGAUGCUGAAAUGUAACUGUUACAGAAUUGAUUGGGGUGAGAUUUGGCCCUC